AUGUUCUACGUUCAUGAAAGCGAUGUCCCUCAGCUUUCGUGCAGAUCACGGAUGCUCGCACUGAUUAGCAUUGUUUCUGGUUGUAUUUGGCAUGGCACGGGGUGUACGUGCUCGACUAGAAGUAGGCACAGCUGGCCUGCCACUCCCAUUCACUUGACUCUUUGCGCGCCUUCUUCACCGUUCUUGUCUUGUCACCUCCCGCUCUCCGUCCCUUUCUGGUUCGUCAUCGGCAAGGGCCGGCCCCUAGUCCGACCCAGGCCGAUGGGUUUGAUAUUGAAAACAUACCGUCUUUCUUCUUGGUUGAUGUCUUGAUAAUGUCUCAUCUUUCCCCCGUUGCACCGGUGCUCGCCUCAUUCGGUAGCACUCGUGCUGUAGUUGCCCCUUGGAUUUCCUUCUUUCGCCACAGUCAAGUUGAGGACCCAGUGCUCGACACACACUUUCCAUGGCUCAUGGCCCUUGCGGUUCUAUGGAGGAGGUUGGCAAUAUCUAGCUUGAGAGACAGUUGUGUGUCCGGCGAUUCUGUAGAGUCCACGGCAUCUUUGGCCAAUCCUAGGGUAUAGCGAGCCGCAUAGGAACGAUGCGCGUUUCCACUACCCAAAAGAGAGCUCCGAUCAUGGAUGCGUGAGAUCUUC